CUACAGCUUGGCCGAGUAUUUGUCCAACUGGUUUCGGAUGGAUUUCCCCCAUUGUUUAUCAUUUUUCAGGUGUUUAGAUUGGCGUCUUUGGUCAUGUUUUCCAUAUUUGUUAUUGACUGCACCUUGUACUACGAUGCCACAAGUGUCGACUGUGGGAACUUCACUCUUUAUUCCAUGCCAGUUUGCGAUGCCUACUGUUGGAAAGCUACAUGGCUGAUAUGUUCUAUUUUGACAGCGACAAUCUGCAUUUGUUUGAUGAGGAAAUCUUCAUUUCCUGAACUCAGACCAUUUGGUUAUACAGCAAUAUGGAAGUGCCUUAUUCGAAAGCCGUAUUUUUGGUCUGUUAACAGCAUUACAGCUCUUGUUAUUAUUUACGAUAUCUUAAUUAUGUACCAGAAUCGAGGCGCGAAAAUCUACAUCGAGUGCCUUGUAGCUGCUUCUAAGAUUUGGACUCUGCAUUUAAUAUAUCAGUUAAACUUCACCUAUACACCUUGUAGAGCAAAAGACUUCCGUCGUAUAACAAGAGCAGCGUACUGUAUUACCCUUACGAUUUUCGCACUCGACAAUCUUUGCAAGCUUCUUGUUGUGUCAGCCCAAGUAGCAUUCAAGUUUUACACGGUCAAUCCUACUGCACCUAAACCGCUGACCAUUGUCGACUUGGUGUUGAUGGUAAUAAACGGGUCUUUGUACCACAGUUUUUUCCAGUUUUUCUGGCAGAAACUCUUCCGAGGUGACAAAGACAUACUGAAAGAAGUGAAACAGAAUUUACAUGAAACCCCUGAAAUAUUAGACAAUGCAUAG